AUGGAUCUUCGGCGUUUCGCGUUAAUGACUUUGCACACCCUAACGGGCCACUCCGGCAAAGUGAUGACGGCCAAGUUCCUGGGCGAGCCUACGAAAGUAGUCACUGGUGGUUAUGACCGCACCCUCAAGAUCUGGGACCUUCGCAGUAAAAGUUUCGCUCUAUCCGUGGGGUCCAUCGCUAAUGUCGUGCCAACUUUCCCUUUGACGCUGCAUCAUUCACAAGCGCGCGUCUCGCCCCGCGGCAAACCUCAUCACCUGCGCAGUUUACGAGCCGAUAUCCGCGGGGCCGUUUACUCAUUCCCGCCUGUUGAUCGUCGUCAAGCUCAUAAGCACGCAUCGCGUGUUGGAGUAACCACGUUUGCGUCGUUUGCAGCGAAUUAA